AUGAGCAACAGAGCACUUUUAGAGCAACUGGAUAGAACGACAGAAAUGCUCUCCAAUUCACUUACACAACUUGUAAAAUAUUCAUCGAUUUUGUCGGAGGAAGAGAGCGGGGCAGCACAAAGAGAAAUGGCAGACUCCAUUGCAAGCGUCUCUUCUGAAGGAGUAGCAAUGAUCAAUACUCAGACGAUGCAACUCAUAAAGGGCAUACAAGAUCUGCUUGUGAUGACAAGAAGUAUAAGAGAAAAGUGGCUUUUGAGUCAGGUACCCGAAAAGAAAGAAAGUGAACAGCAAGAGGUAGACUACGAAAAGUGUUCCCAAAUGCUUAAUAGCUGGGUAAAUCAAAUUGUGGGAAACUCGGAUUGCUAG